GUGGAUUAGGGAUACAGGAACUGCUGCGUUUAUUGAAUCUCUGUUCUCUGAUGCUCCUACAGCCAUGUUGUAUUACGGAUAUAUAGCACGUUGCUUCUAAUACAUUUUGGGGUAGCUAUGGCUGAAGGGAUGAGUUUGAACGGCAACAGGAAGCCAAGCAAAAGCCGUAACCGAACAGGGAUGGCACAGGCUGCAAGCAGGAGAGAGCUGAUCUCCAGUUCUAUGCAGAGUGCCCAGCACUGUCUGCAGGAACAAGAUUAUGGCACUGCCUAUGCUCACUUCCUGCUGGUGCUUAGUUUGGCCCCUGACCUCAAGGAUGGCUUUAAGGAAAACUUUCAGUACGCCCUUUUUAAAUGGGCAGAAGAGCUGUAUGCUUUAAAUCGUAAUCAAGAUUUAUUUAAUUGUUAUGAGCAAGCUUUGGAGCUCUUUCCUAAUGAUGAUGUUAUUUGCAACAGUAUGGGGGAACAACUCUUCAGACUAGGCUUUCGAGAUGAAGCAGCUGGUUACUUCUAUAAAGCACUGAAACUGAACCCAAGCUUCGCUGAUGCUAAAGAAAAUUUCUUCCGCGUUGCAAAUUGGUUGGUGGAGCGCUGGCAUUUUAUCAUGCUUAAUGACCAAAAAAGAAAUAUGAUGUAUCAGAAAGCCAUUGAAAAAGCUGUCCUGACAGGGUGCAAAACUGUUCUUGAUAUUGGGACUGGCACUGGAAUAUUAAGCAUGUUUUCUAAACAGGCAGGUGCUUCACAUGUGUAUGCAUGCGAGCUCUCCAAAACCAUGUAUGAGCUUGCUUGUGAGGUGGUGGCAGCCAAUCAUAUGCAAGAUGAGAUCAAAAUUCUGCACAUGAAAUCUCAUGACGUGCAAAUUCCUGAACAUAUCCCUGAAAGGGUUUCAUUGGUUGUCACAGAGACAGUAGACGCUGGCCUGUUUGGUGAAGGUAUUGUUGAGAGUCUCAUACACGCAUGGAAAAACUUACUUUUACCACCAAAGCCUAGAGAAGCAGGUAUUGAAGGAUAUGGACAAGUUAUUCCAGCAGGUGCAGUGAUAUACGGCAUCCCAGUAGAGUGUCCAGAAAUCAGAAGAAAUCACAGAGUUACUGUGAAUGAGGUGGCUGGUGUGAAAUUAGGAGGAGAAGUGCAGUUCUGGAGCCCAGUACACAGCAAUCACAGCACCGAAGAAGUAAUAGAACCAUAUGCCACAGAACGGAUGAGCAGAGUACCUGGGGGUUAUAGAAUGUUGGGCCAACCCUUUCAGAUUAUGACUGUAGAUUUCAAUAGUUCGCAGGACUUGGAAAGCAUCGCUUCAGGAAAAGGCUGUAGGAUAUAUGUACCCAUAAAUGAACAAGGCUGUUUAGAUGCUUUUGUAACCUGGUUUGUCCUUCACUUGGAUAAUGAUCACAACUUGUCCACAGGACCAAAUGAAGAGACCUGCUGGGAACAGGCCGUCUUUCCUGUACAGAACCUCUCAGAUGAAGACUGUACUGUAUCCCCCGGGGACACACUAGUAGUUGAUGUAUCCUGUCCUGAUUGCUACUUGAGGUUAGAUCUUGUUGGUGUUACUAAAGCUGUAAAUGUUGAAAAUGGGUCGUGUAAUGCAGAAAACAUGGUCUUGGGAAACGAGGCUGAAUUGUGUGAUGCUUUGGCGAGUCUGCACACCACCAACCAACUGGACAGAGGCAAAACUAAGUGCAUUCUGGAACCCAAUGAAAUCGCCCUAUUGAAUAACAUUACAUACCACGAGAGCUUCAAGGCUGCAAUCCGUAAAGUGAUUUCUUCACUGGCAUCAAUAGACAAAAGCCGCAGUGCCUCUAUGAAUGAGGAAACCCCUGUAGAGAUGGUUGCUGAAGAUCCUCUAUAUGUGCUGGAUGUAUCUGAAGGAUUUUCAAUUCUACCUCUUAUUGCUGCACAAAGCGGUAACGUUAAAUCCUACAGCUCUGUUGAAAAGGAUCAGCACUGCGUUGCUCUUGAGAAGUUGUCAGAAAGAAAUGGACUUGAUAAAGACAAACUGGAAUUCUGGUUAAGCAAGCUGGAGGCAGAUGGCAAUGUUUUACAGAGGCCCAAAUCUGACAAGUUGUGGAGCAUAAUUAUUCUUGAUGUAAUUGAGACAUGUGGUCUGAUCCAGCAAGAGGUGAUGGAGAAAGCUGCUAUAGCCAGGUGUUUACUUCAGUCAGGAGGCAAGAUAUUCCCUCAGUCUGUGGUGAUACAUGGGCUGCUGAUUGAAUCAAAGACGUUAUUGCAGGAGAGCUCAGUCCAAGGCACAGAUCCUACACUUGGCUUAGUUAUAGCACCAUCUAUCAAUCAGUUUAAGGUCCCAGUUCAUGUCUUUCUGACUCUAUCUACUCUUCCGUGUGUUCCUUUAAGUGACCCAAUAGAACUGCUGAGACUGGAUUUAAUGAAUCCUUAUUUGAACACUUUAAGCAACUGUGUUACUGAAAUAAAGGUUCACAUUUGCAAAUCUGGACUGGUCACAGCUGUUCCUUUUUGGUACCAGCUACAUCUUGAUGAGGGGAUAUCAUUGGAUACAUCAAGCAAGACGUCACAUUGGAAGCAAGCAGCUUUUGUCUUGGACACACCUCUCCCAGUUGAACAAGGGGAAGAUGUGUUACUCAGUGUGUACUUCCAAAACAGCAACGUUAACAUGACACUGAGGAGGUCUUAGCAGUGAACACUUGGAAUUUUCAAAAAUCUAAAGAUCUUAUAUUUGAAUUCAGCUUUAUUCUCACUUUUUAUAAGUAUGCCUGUAUAUAUUGUUGAAACAUUAAAGCAACUUACUACUUUUUUGGGGGCAGAGGGUACAUAGAACAUGUUUGUUUGUUUUUAAAUACUGAUUUUAGUGUAAAGAUAUACAACCACAUCAGCAAUAUGAAACUUUGUAGUUUAUAAAGACCCAAAAGAAAAGUUACAACUCCAAAACGGAUGAUCGAUUGACAUUAAAAAUCCAUUUGAUCAUCUGAUGUUCCUCAUAAACUAAUUUGGCAUAUGAAAUACAAUGCAUCUAAUAAUAUAGCUCAUUCUCAGUGGUAUCAUUUUCUCUUGUUCUAAACCUAAAGGGACACUCAAGUCAAAAUAAACUUUCAUGAUUCAGAUGGAGCAUGCAGUUUUAAGACACUUUCCAAAUUACGUCUAUUAUCAAAUUUGCACACUUUUUUUUUUUUUAAUAUUCACACUUUCAGGGAAACAAGAUCCUACUGAGCAUGUGCACAAGCUCCCAGGGUAUAUGUAUUCUAGUCUGUGAUUGGCUGAUGUCUGUCACAUGACACAGGGGGCUGGAAAAUUGGAGAAAAAAAUUAAUUUGUCAGAAAAAAAUAAUCUAUUGCUUAUUUGAAAUUCAGAGUAGGUGUUAAAUCCAUUGUCUUUUUUAUGUGCUUGUUAAUUAUGCAAUUCUACUGCAUUGAGUGGUCCUUUUAAAAAAGUUUUAUUGUGAAACUGUAAAAACAGGCAACCAGAUAUAUUGCCUGUAGAUUGUUAUAUAAAUGAGAAACCACAUGAAAUAAAAACUGCACCCCAACCUGAAA